AUGGUGUCUGAGUGGAAGGCUCUGAAAUUUACUGUGGAGGGAGUGACCCGUGUCUACCUUUACCCCGAGACGGACGAGCCUGUUCCCAUCCUCAACAUUAAAAGAGGAAUCCUUUCAGCUCUCAUUGUGCCCGUCAUGGAGGAUGAACAGAAUAUCUCCAUGAGCACAGUGCACGGACAGUGUUCUACAAACUACCUGGUGCAUGACAGAAAGGACGCAGCCACACAAGUAAAACUUUCCAGAGAUCUCUCCCAAUGCGAUCAGUUCUACAGCAAGGAACUUGUCAACAGUCCCCUUGCCUUGCUGCAAAGAAUGCAUCGUCCAUUGUCUAAACUGAUUACAAGCACUCAAGACUGCAACUACCAGUUUGAUAACCAGGGGAAGCACAUCGUGGUCGCCAUGUGCACAGAAAAUCACUUCUAUGAGCCAUCUUACUCUGUUGGAAUAUCAUCUAAAGUGACCCAGAAUCUCAGCUUUCAGAGCUCCAAAAGGAUAAACAACAAAGUAUUUGACAUAAAUCCCAGCCACAGCAAGCCACUCCACUUUCAACACAAUGACAAUAAAGCUCCAGUUCAGACGAAGGACACUGCUCUGAGCACUCUCACUGACCUCAUGGCUUUGGCCGGCACCGACCAGGGUCAGAGGAGGACCAGCCUUUUCCAUAAGCUGGUGUCCAGCCUGCGCGUCCUGAGAAACGAGACCCUAAGCCAAACGGUCACGGAGAUGUUGGAUGUGUCAGGCUUGCUCACCUGGCAGGCCCUGUUCCAGUGUGGAUCCACAGAGUGCACCAGUGCCAUUUUCCAGGCUGUCAGGACCAUUGAUGGUCCGUCACCAGAGGUGGACGCUCUAAUCUAUGGGCUGAGUCUAGAGGCUAAUCCCGAUGCCACACGUGUCAGAGAUAUGCUCAGCAUGGCUCAGUAUAAGCAAAGCAGGGCCAUCAUGUAUGCACUAGCAAACACGGUCAAAAAGUUCCAUAAAGCAAAGGUUACUCCAGUGGUCACUGAUGUGUCAAAGUUCAUAGAAUCCCUCCUAAACGACUGCCUGGAAGAAUCACUAAAUGAAGAUUCUGAGAUUUCUUCUGAUCCCAAAGAGAUUACCUUCCUCGUACUCAGGGUUGUUGGUGUCAUGGGUAAAGCCAUGCAAGCUGUGAGCCCCAGCCUGAUUUCUUCCAUUUUGCGCUGCGCUAAGAGAACUGACAUUCCAUCACCAAACCAAAAGGCAGCUGUACAGGCCUUUCGGUUGAUGGACAUUAAUAAUGAGGUCAAAAACAUCUUAAUGGAGGUGUUGAAGGAUUCACAGAACCCUGUUGAGAAACGUGUAGCAGCCUACUUGAUUCUGAUGAAGAACCCAGACCAAGCCCUGGUUAGAGACAUUCUGAACAAUAUGCAGAACGUGAUGAACGAGCAGCUUAAGAGCUUUGUGCUCUCCCAUCUGAAAAACAUCCGCAACUCUGACCAGCCUCAAAUGUAUCAACUUAAGGAGUACAUUGAAUUGGCCUUAGGAGACCAGCUAUUGCCUACAAUUAAGGUACUUAAUGGCAUGUCAAUGAACCGCAAAAUGGACUCUCCUUUGGGCUCAGUGCAGAGUAACAUCAUCUUCAAUGGCACCGACACCCUGCCUAAGGAGGUGAUGCUGGAGACAACUCUAAACGCUUUUAACUACAACUAUGACAUCUUUGAGGUCUGCAUUGAAGGAACAGGAUUUGAACCAACAAUUGAUGCUCUUUUCGGAGAAGAAGGUUUCUUCCCUGACACCAUCUCCAAAGUCAUGUACUGGGCAGGUGACAAAGCCAAGAUGCUCAAGGAGGUUUUGGGUAGGGUUGCUCCAGAAAGAUCCAGAAUGAAGAGACAGGUCCCACACGAUCUCCUGAAAGAUAUCUCUAAAGGUGUCAAAAAGCUCAUGUAUGACGUGCAUCUCCCUCCAGCCCCUGAAGCAAUUGGCUAUCUUCGGCUUCUGGGUGCUGAAAUAGGAUACAUGAAGACCAGUGACAUGACAAAGAUGGCUGAAUCUCUGUUCAUGUACUACAAUGUUUUCUUCAAGGUGCUACCUGCCAAGGCCAUUUUUGCAUUGAUAUCUAGCAGUGAAAAUGAAGUAUUUGCCCAUUACAUCUUCAUGGAGACUGCAUUCUCUUUACCUACUGCUGCUGGCUUUCCUCUGAAG